AUGUUAAAUCGAUUAUUUAAUUCAAAAACAUCAUUAUUGUUUAAUCAAUUCAUACGACCAUCAUCAUCUUCAAUGAUAUUACCAUUUAAUUCAAUUCAAUUACGAUUAGUUUCACAAUCAUCAUCAUCCACAUCAUCAAUGAGUGUUGAACUUCAACAAAGAAUCAAUGAAUUAUUAAAUAAAUCAUUUCCAAAUGCAAAAGAAAUUAUUGUUAAAGAUAUAAGUGGUGGUUGUGGUUCAAUGUUUGAAGUUUAUAUUGCCACUAUGGAUUUUCAAGGAAUGACAAAAGUUAAACAACAUUUAACCGUUUCAAAUAUUUUAAAAAAUGAAAUUCGUGAUAUGCAUGGAAUACGAAUAUUUACCGAAGUGCCACCACCAACAUCAGAACUAUAAUUGAAACAAAAUUUUUUUGAAACAAAAAUAAAUCCGGUGACCAACAAAACGGAAUUUUCUUUCCCAACCACCAUUCAUCACCCUUUUUAUUAUUGAAUCUUUUUUUUUCUCCCAAAAUAAUAAUAAUAAAUAGCUGUGAUUAGAAUCAAUUUAUUUCGACUGUAACCAAUUUUCAAAACAAAACAAAAAACGUAAUA